AUGGAGGGGCAGGGAUCAGGGUGCCGAGCUGCAGCUCCUCUUCUGGCCGUAUCCUUGCUCUCCUCUGUCCUCCAAGGCACGGGGGUGAGGGCUCUGCAGGGCUUCCCAGCGAUGCUGCUGCCAGAGGAUGGGAUCGGGGAGAACUUCAGCUGGGCAGCUGGGGAUGCCCAGGGCAAUGGCUCUGCAGAGCAUCUCUUCUUCUCUCCAGAUUACCAGCAUGUCCAAGUCCCCUUUGAAAUCACCCUCUGGAUCAUGCUUGCAUCCUUGGCCAAAAUAGGCUUUCAUCUGUAUAACAAACUGCCUUCUGUCGUCCCCGAAAGCUGUCUAUUGAUAUUUGUAGGACUCAUCAUGGGGGGAAUAAUCUAUGGCUUCAACGACAAGUCACCACCUGUCAUGGACAGUGACAUCUUCUUCCUCUACCUGCUGCCACCCAUUGUCCUCGAUGCUGGCUACUUCAUGCCCAGCCGCCCCUUUUUUGAGAACAUGGGCACCAUCCUGCUCUACGCCGUGGUGGGGACCGUAUGGAACGUCUUUGGGAUCGGCGUUUCCCUUUAUGGGAUCUGCCAGGUGAAAGCCUUUCUCCUGCAGGACAUCUCCUUGCUCCACAACCUCCUGUUCAGCAGCCUGAUCGCCGCCGUGGAUCCCGUGGCAGUCUUGUCUGUCUUUGAGGAGAUCCACGUCAAUGAGAAGCUCCACAUCUUGGUUUUUGGGGAGUCCCUCCUGAAUGACGCCGUGACGGUGGUGCUCUACAAGCUGUUUCGGUCUUUCUGUGAGAUGCCAACCAUCAAAGGCGUGGAUGUCUUUGCCGGAGUUGGGAAAUUCUUUGUGGUUGGGCUGGGAGGUGUUUUGGUGGGUCUGACUUUCGGGAUGACCGCUGCCUUCACCACGCGCUUCACCAAGGACAUCCGUGUCAUCGAACCCCUCUUUGUCUUCCUCUACAGUUACCUCUCCUACCUCACUGCUGAAAUAUUUCACCUCUCGGGGAUCAUGGCCAUCGUUGCCUGUGCCAUGGGCAUGAAACGCUACGUGGAGGCCAACAUCUCUCUCAAGUCUCACACCACAGUCAAAUACUUCAUGAAGAUGUGGAGCAGUGUUAGUGAAACCCUCAUCUUCAUCUUUCUUGGAGUUUCCACCAUUGGGGAAAAUCAUGAGUGGAACUGGCCAUACAUUUGCUUCACUGUCAUCUUCUGCCUCGUUUGGAGAGCACUGGGGGUUCUUGUGCUGACUUUCUUUGUGAACAGAUUCCACGUGAACACCAUCACUGGCAAGGAUCAGUUCAUCAUUGCCUACGGGGGGCUCCGAGGGGCCAUUUGCUUCUCUUUGGUUUUCCUGCUUCCCGAAUUUCGCCGGAAGAAACUUUUCAUUGCAGCGACCACUGUGGUCAUCCUCUUCACUGUCUUUGUGCAGGGAAUGACCAUCCGUCCUCUUGUUGACUUGUUGGCUGUCAAGAGGAAAAGGGAGAGUGCUCCCACCGUGGGAGAGCAGAUCCACAUUCGGUUCUUGGAUCAUUUGCUGGCUGGCAUUGAAGAUAUAUCUGGGCACUGGGGACAGUAUUACUGGAAAGACAAAUUAGAGUAUUUCAACAGCAAAUACCUGCAGAAGCUCCUCCUUCGGGAACACAACCAGCCCAAGUCCAGCAUUGUGCUGCUCUAUGAGAAGCUGGAGCGCAAACACGCCAUGGAGCUGGCAGAAACGGGGCAGCUGGGGCACGUCCCAGCCCACCCAUCAUUCCUCGGCAAUGACAGGACUGUCCUCACAGACAAAAACCUGGAGGAUACUCUGAAUCUGGAUGCCCUGGAACACUUACAGGAAAUCUUGGCCAGGAACCUGUACCGGAUAAGGAGAAUGGGACCAGCAUACAACAGGCACACCCUUCCCGGGGACUCUGAACACGUGGAGCAUGCCCAGGAGAUCCUGAUCCUCCGGCACAAGAACCUCUGGAUGGAAAUGAGUGGAAGUGACACUGCCAGCUCUGGGAAGGAGAAAGAGGACUCCUACUCAGUGCAGGGUGACUCCAACGUGCAGCUCAAGCCAUCCCAUUCCUUCUCUGCACGGGAUGCUGAGAAGGUCCAGGAGGGGAAACAGAACCGCUCCAAAUCCGUGUGUGCCAUUCCCCCAGGGCAGCCCAGCAGCACGGGCUGCGGGGAGAAGGAGGAUGAGGCAACAGGGAAAGAGCUGACUUUGGAGGGGUAA